AUGAAACUCCCAUUACUAUUACUGGCCUCCAGUAUCCAUUAUGUCUCUGUAUCAGCAAGUCCCAUAUUCCAAGAGUUCUUUUCUCCAGGUGUUGGUACCAGAGGAGCCGUUGCUUCAGAGGCUCAAGAAUGUAGCUACAUCGGGAGAGAUCUGUUAGCACGAGGUGGAAAUGCCGUCGAUGCCAUGAUUGGAACGACAUUCUGUGUCGGUGUUAUUGGCAUGUACCACUCCGGCAUUGGAGGCGGUGGUUUCAUGAUUGUGCGUGACAAGAAGGGUAACUACGAAGCAAUCGACUUCAGAGAAUCAGCCCCUGCAGCAGCAUUCGAGGACAUGUACCAAGGGAAUGUGAAUGGUAGCAUCUACGGAGGCCUUUCUGUUGGUGUACCAGGCGAAGUCCGUGGGUUUGAAUAUGCACACAAGAAAUACGGCAGCCUUCCAUGGAAAACAGUCUUACAAGGGGCCAUUAAGGUGGCUCAGGAUGGAUUCAUAGGCAAGUCCAAGUAUAGGGAAGAAAAGGAAUUCCAAGCUAACAAACGACAGCUUAUCCCAGAAGGAGAGAAAAUGACAAGACGACGAUAUGCCCGUACACUUCAAGCUAUCGCAGAACAUGGCGCUGAUGCCUUCUAUACCGGCGCUUUCGCUGAGAGCAUGGUCAAGACCAUCCAAAAAACAAAUGGUACCAUAACACUGGAUGACUAUAAGAACUACGACGUAAUUUCUCGCGAGGUUCUUCACACUGAGUACAAGGGCUUCGAUGUAUACGGCAUCAGCAGUCCAGCCGGUGGCGCCGUAUCACUCAAUAUUCUGAACACUAUGAACGGCUACACGCACCAAGAUGAGGAUCGAAACACCACACUACACAUCUACAUCGAAGCCAUGAAAUUCGCAUACGGAGCUCGUCUGCACCUUGGCGAUCCUGACUUUGUGGAUGGCGUCCCUGAGCUCGAACACGAGAUGCUCAAUGCCACAACGGCAGAGAAGAUCAGGAGUAAGAUCGACCCUCGAAAGACCCAGAAGAUUGAGAAGUAUGACCCCGAUGGAAUCUACUCAUCUGAUGGGCACGGAACUUCACACGUCGUCACUGCAGAUGGCGAUGGUAUGGCUGUGUCGCUGACAACCACUGUCAAUCUCAUCUUUGGAUCUUUCCUCAUGGAUCCUCUCACUGGUGUGAUUCUAAACAACGAAAUGAACGACUUCUCUAUUCCGGGAGUUCCUAACGAGUUUGGUUUCGCGCCAGCAGAAGCAAACUUCAUUCGUCCAAACAAGCGCCCCCUUUCCUCAUGUACACCUCUCAUCGUAUCCAACAAGGACGGAUCUCUCUUUGCCGUCAUCGGAGCCGCAGGGGGCUCACGUAUCAUCUCCGCUACGACUCAGGUUGCUUGGCGUGUAUUGACUUCUCCAUCGUGGUCUAUCAAGGAUGCUGUUCGUGAGCCCCGUGUUCACAACCAGCUCAUCCCGAAUACGCUGCUCGUGGAGAAGAAGUUCAGUUCAUAUGAUGUUCCAUCGCUGGUGGAGCGAGGGCAUAAUAUCACUUGGGUCGAUGAGGGACUGAGUACAGUUCAAGCGUUGACGAGGGACUCAGCUGGUCUCUUUGAGGUUGCGCCUGAGCCUAGACAGAAGAACAGUGGCGGUGUGACAUUGUAG